AUGUCCAGGCUAGUCGCCGAAUGUGGACCUCUGAGACCACCCGCAGCAACAUAUCUAGUCCGUGGGGAAAUCGAGUCCCGAGACACUUCUGCUCCAAUCAGAAUCAACGACUCAACCAACGCACGACCUAGCUCUCAUGAUCCAGAAAAAGAGCGAUUUCGACGGCAUACACGCCCUUCCCGUAGUUCAUCCUACCAGCACUCAAGGGUCAUCUGUGCUGAUGACGGGGAUGAUGUGGAUGACAACGAGUCCAAAGAGCACGCAUUUUGGAUAUUAAUCUACCUCUCCGCCUUGUCGCCUCUUCUUGCACUCUCAAUAGCACCUUACACCCUCCUCAUGGGCACGCUACUUCUGCUGCUCUUUCCACUGUGCUUCUGCUUGAAGCAGAUACCUGUCUGCGCACACUGCCGUCAUUUCCUUUCGCCGCUACUCGUCUUCCAGCUCAAGCUCGUAUACUCUUCCUGCGACAGAGAUGACACUGUCCAUUCCGAGACAAGCGGUAUUAUGGUGCUUGUCCUUGUCUCCAUGCUCUCUCCUCUGUAUGCCAUGGCUAUAGCUGUAGCGGCUUGGGUCGCUGGUGUUUUCUGGUUCUACACUGCUAUGUUGGGAAAUCCAGACGGGAGAGAAGACAGAGAUGAUGGAAGAGAGACAGUUCUAGCAGUGAGAGGAUGGUGGGAAAGGUGGUUAAUCCAAUGCUUGGAGCCAAAGCGAAGUUCCACAUUGCGGGAUGGUGGACCAGAAAGUGGCUGUUGA